UUGAUCCUCAGCUGAUCAAAAAAAAAAAAAAAAUCACUUUUUCACUUUACCGAAAAAGGGAAUUAAAAUCGAGCCAGAACCUUCUGACAGCUGAUCCGUGGCUCAGCUGGUCUGGAACUAGGUCUAGGAUCGGGUCUGGGAUCAGUUUGAGGCGGAGUCAGAGGCGUUGAGCGGCUGAGUUUCAUCGCCGCCAGAAGGCGUCAGACUCCAGAUCUGCUGCGAACCACCAUGAAGUCCUUCAGAGUCUUUCUGUGUCUGGUUCCGCUUUUCUCGGUGCUCUCGGCCAAACCAGGAUGCGGACCGUGUGAUCCGGCUCAGUGUGCUCCUCUCCCAGCGGAGGGCUGUCCUGCCGGCUCCCUGACGGACAUCUGCGGCUGCUGCCUGGUGUGCGCCGCCGCGGAAGGUGAGCUGUGCGGCGGCGCUCGCGCGACAGCGCGCCGCUGCGGCUCCGGGUUGGAGUGCGUCAAAAGCAACGAGGACAAGAAAAGCAAGACGGGAGUGUGUGCGUGCAAGACCAACUACGAGGUCUGCGGAACCGAUGGAAUAACGUACAGGAGCGGUUGCGCACUGAAGAGCGCCAGUCUGACGGCCCGGAGGGAUGGAAAAGAACCGGUCGGGAUCCAGAACAAGGGGCGCUGCGCCACAGCUCCAGCCAUCGUCACUCCUCCAGGUGAGGUGUAUAACGUGAGCGGCUCCCAGGUGUACCUGAGCUGUGAGGCAGUGGGCGUGCCUACACCUGUCCUCACCUGGAAGAAGGUCCUAGGUGGGAGGAGGAGGAUGGAGCUUCUUCCAGGUGACAGAGACAAUCUGGCGAUCCAGACCAGAGGAGGUCCUGAGAAGCAUGAAGUGACUGGCUGGGUUCUGAUCUCCCCUCUGACCAAAGAAGACGAAGGAUCGUACGAGUGUCACGCCACCAACUCUAAAGGUGAAGCAUCAGCUGUUGGAUCCAUCCACCUGGUCGAGUCUGUUGAUGACAUCACCACCAAGAAAGUGAUGGAGGAGGAGCUGUGAUCAGCUGACCAGUGACAUCACAGGAACUGAUGAGGAUUUAAAUUUUUUACUAAAUUUUUUACUUCUUUUCCUCUUUGAAUUUUAAUGUUUAACUUUUUUCAUUUAUUUUCUCGUGAGGAAACUUUUAUCACUUUAUUUAGACCAGAAAAGCCGGGCAGGUAAACUGCUGGUUACCAUGGCAGCAGCUGCAUCAAAUCUUCUUGUCCACAUGUGAGCAGAAAACGUUUAACGUGUUUGUUUUUCAGUAAUCGAUUGUUCCAUAAUAAAAACAUUUUUAUUUGA